GUUAUAGCAUCAUCUUUUUACCGCAGCUUAAAAACACACACACGCACUUGGCCUGUUGGCCACUUGAAUCUAGUGCCGUAGUACUUUUUGAAAAUUCAGUUCAAUUUAACAACUAUACUUACACAUAUACAUACAGAUCAUUUUCUAGGGGUUAGCGAUGUUCACUCCACAGAAGAGCAACACCAAUCGGUCCAAUCUCAUCCCCACCACGACAAUGUCGCACACGAACCCUAGGUCUACUAAUAAGGCGAAGUCCGUCGUGUUUGUUGAUGAUCCGGCGCCGCCGCGGGCGCUUUUGGGCGGUGAUUACGUGGCGGUGGAGAGAGGUGAGGAGGAGGAUUGGAGGCGGUUUCGGGAGGCUGGAUUGUUGGAUGAAGCUGCUAUGGAGCAGAGAGAUCGGGAUGCGGUGGUCGAGAAGGUUGCGAAGCUCGAGAGAGAGCUUUUUGACUAUCAGUAUAAUAUGGGACUUCUACUAAUGGAAAAGACAGAAUGGACUUUGAAAUAUGAAGAAAUGAGACGAGCGCAAGUAGAAUUGAAGGAGGUGCUAGAACAAGAACAGACAACACAUCUUAUUUUGCUAUCCGAAUCUGAGAAGCGAGAGGAGAAUUUGAGGAAAGCUUUGGACAUGGAAAAGAAAUGCAUUACAGAUCUCGAGAAAGCUUUGCGUGAUUCUGGUGCAGAUAAUGCGCAAACAAAGCAAUCAUCUGAGGCCAAAAUGGUCAAGGCAAAUGCUUUGUUAUCUGGAUUUAAGGAAAAGUCUAUGGACGUGGAAACGAAGUUGCAUGUUGCUGAUGCGAAGCUUGAGGAGGUAUACAAAACGAGCUUGGAGUUGGAGAGGAAACUGCAAGAAGUUGAGACUCGAGACAGUUUGCUUCAAAGGGAGCGUAUGUCCUUUAUUGCAGAGCGUGAAGCACAUGAAGCCACUUUCUCUAUACAGAAGAAAGAUCUGCAAGAGUGGGAGAAAAAAUUGCAGGAAGCGGAAGAGAGAUUAUGCGAGAUCCGGAGAACCACUUCUGUUAGGGAGGUUAAGGUAAAUGAAAUGGAGAUGGCUUUAAACCUGAAGAAGCAGGAACUUAAUAAAGCACAAAAGGAAAAUGAUUUGAGCACCUCAGUUUUAAAGAAGGAAGCUGAUGAUAUAAAUCACAGACUAGCAAAUUUAACAGCGCAAGAGCAUAAAGCUGAGACUCUUAGGAAUGAGCUGGAGAUGAGGGAUAAGGAGUUACUGGCUUUGGCGGAGAAGCUAACUGCUAGAGAAAGUGUUGAGAUUCAGACGCUUCUUGAUGAACAACAAGCUGUUCUUGAUGCAAAAAUGCAAGAGUUUGAGGUGGACAUGGAUGGAAAAAGGAAGUCUCUUGAUGAGGAGAUGAGAAGCAAGCUAGAUGCUGUACAAUACAAAAAGGAUGAGAUCACCCAUAUAGAGGAAAAACUGAAUAGGCUCGAGCUAUCACUGGAAAACAAGUCUGAAAGAAUUAAAGAGAAAGAGAAAGACCUGGAAUCGAAGUUGAGAACUUUGAAAGACAAAGAGAACCUACUCAAAUCAGAUGAGAAAAGGCUGGAUUUGGAAAAGAAGCAUAUGCUUGUUGACAAGGAUACUCUUCAAACCCUUAAAGACGAGAUUGAGAAGACAAGAGCUGACAUUAGCCAGCAGCAGAGUAAGAUUCAAGAAGAAAUUGUGAAACUCAAAAUUUCUGAAGAUGAAAGGGCAGAAUAUAUUCGUUUACGCUCGGAACUGAAAGAAGAGAUUGAGAAGUGUAGGUUUGAGAAGGAGUUGCUCCUGAAGGCACACAAGAAUCUGAAGGAGGACAGGAAAAGCUUUGAAGAGAAAUGGGAAGCGCUUGAUGAAAGAAGUAAUGCUCUAAGUAGAGAGAUAAAGUUAAUUGGUGAAGAGAAAGAAAAGUUUGAGAAAUUUCGACUGUCCAUGGAGGAAAAAAUAAAGAAUGAUAGGCUUGCUACAGAAGAUUAUAUUAGAAGGGAGUUGGAAACUCUUGAAACAGAAAAAGAAACCUUUGCCACUAUAACAAGGCAAGAGCAGUCCCUUAUAUCAGAAAAGGCCGAACUUGAAUAUAGUCAAAUGCUCCAUGAGUUUGAGCUUCGCAGGAAGGAUCUUGAGGUCGACAUACAGAAGAAACGAGACGAACUGGAGUCACAUAUGAGUGAAAGGGAGAGGGAAUUUGAGGAGGAGAGGGAGAAAGAACAUAACAAUAUAAGUCGCUUAAAGGAAGUUGCUCAGAAGGAUAUGGAAGAAUUGAGAUCUGAAAAACAUAGAAUAGAGAAGGACAGACAAGAGAUUGCCUUGAAAAAGAAGGAGCUAAAAGAGCACCAACUUGAAAUGCACAAAGACAUCGAUGAGCUUGAAGUUCUCAACAAGAAGGUUAAGAUUCAGCGAGAACAGUUCAUUAAGGAAAGAGACCGAUUUCUCUUAUUUGUUGACACGCUAAAGAGUUGCAACUAUUGCGGAGGAUGCACCCGAGAAUAUGAGCUCUCUGAUCUCCAGCUUCUUGAAAAAGAGAUUGAUAAUUCUCCUAUAGUGGAGCUGGGACCUGGUGUCUCUUACGAGUCCCAGGAUAGGAUAAAUCUAAGAUCAUCAAAUUCUGGAGGUCAUAUAUCGUGGCUACAAAAAUGUACCUCAAAGAUCUUCAAGUACUCUCCCGGUAAGGCUGCUCAGGAUUCAGAGUUUCAAUCUGAUAUGUUGGCGACUGUAGAAGAGGAUGAACGACCAAGUGAUGGUCACUUGGAAACAAGGGGUCUAAAUAUUGCUAAUGAUGGUCCUGAACCAUCCUUUGGUAUUGCAAACGAGUCUUGUGAAAUUCAUUUACUUGCUUCGAAUGACAACAAAAGAGAUGCUGAUCAGAGACAUGAAAUCUGCACCGAUGAGUUAAGCAAUAUAGACAGCAAGGCACCAGUAGCUCCAGAAGAUUCUCAACAGUCAGAGCUUAGUAGCGGUCGUCGCAGACCUGGAAAAAAAACCAGAGGUGGAAGUGUAGCAGUUGGUACAACUAAGAGGAAGCGACAAGCACAGCCCUCCAGAGUUAUGAAGAGUGCAGUGACGGCUGAUCACAGUGAAGAACAUUCAGAAAGUGUCUCAGAAGUUGGACGAAGGAAAAGGCAGCAAAGUGUAACUUCAUCUGUUCAAACUCCAGGUGAAAAGCGAUAUAAUCUCAGGCGAAACAAGAUUGUGGGAACAUCUGGGUCAGCACUAGCUUCAGUUGAUGUUCUGAAGGUGGAAAGUGAAGUUGAUGUUAACAAGACGGAAACGGUGCAAGAUUAUGCUCUUGCGUCAUCGCAACUUAUAGCUUCUGAGAAAGACAAUCCAACAGGACCUCUAGAGGAUAUGACAUGUAGAAGUCUUGAAAUUUAUGAUCUCUCAACAGAAGGGGAUGUUGAGCUCAAAACAUCUAAAUCUCGUGACAAGAGUAUUGACCCAGCAAUAAUGGGAAAUAUAGAGUUCAACGAGGAGGUAAAUAGUACGAUCCCUGAAUGCAGUAUUGAAAAUGGAAGGGGAAGCACUUUACAUGAAGAUAGAGAUAAUGAAGUUGAAGUUGAAGUACUCAAUGAGGAUGAGGAUCUGGAUAUUGAUUCGGAGGGUGAUGUGUCGAUACAUAAAAAGCUCUGGACUUUCUUAACCACAUGAUUGCAAAUUUUGCAAAUUGUUCUUUGGGGUCGCUCCCUGGCAGUAUUAUCCAAUUAGAGAGUAACCAAUUAUAUGAUGAUCAUAAUACUUGUAAUUGUUGAUAGUACUAAAGUUUAGGUUGCAGGAUUUAGAAUUUAUCAUAUUCUCCUCAAUAUUUUGACAAAGUUUUAUAGAGCUUCUUGCAGCUGUGGUAGCCACUGAGCUGAAGACAAUGCAAACAUGCCCAAGUAUUUUGGUUCCAUUGAAUUUGUGUAUAAUUCUUUUCACUUUAUUCUGAUAAUUGUAGUUGCAGUGAAAAUCUUCUAAUUCCUUA